CCUCUCCCUACAUAAACCCCCUUCUCUCUUCUUCCCCACCUCUUUCCUUCUUCUUUCUUGAAAUUUGUUGUGUGGCUGUGCAAACUUACUACUACUUCUCACUUCCCACUCCCCUCCUUGUUUCUUGAAGCUUUUAUUGAGAAGAGGGGGAGAUGGGUUAGGCUUGGAUUUUGAUGUCAUCAAUUUUUAGGGUUUGUAUUUGGAGAUGGAAUUUGAUUUAGAAUUGUCUGUGAAUGGUGGGGUUAGGGUUGAAGUGUGGAAUUUGAUUACGUUUUUAGUUUUUUUAUGUUGAUUUUGAAAAAGCUGGAACAGGAGGAGGUUGUUCAUCAUCGUAAGGGUGUGAUUCUGGAUCCUCAGAGGAAUCAUCAUCAUCUUCAUCUGUAUCAACAACUAUUGAAUUCAAGACAAGAAGAGAAGGAAGAAGAUCAAGAAAUUCAGAUAGGUUUUCAUGGAUUCCAUCAAAAUCAUCAUCAGCUUCAACAAAAUCGAGAAAUCCCACCUCCCGACAACCGUGUUCUCCACGGAGGAUUAGGUGGUCCGGCAAGGCAGCCGCCGCGGCCACAGAAGAAACGCCCUUAUUUACCUUCUUCUGUGGACCAACUGACCCAAGAAGGAGAAGAAUAUGCACCGAGGCUGCCGGAAAAAAUGGGAGAAAGUUAUCAGUAUCACAACCAACAACUCCAGCAGCAGCAGCAGCAGCAGCAACAGCAAGCAAGUGGGUCGUCGAGAUUGGGAUUGAGGGGCGCAGGUGGCGGAGGCGGUGGCGAGAUUGUGGAAGUUCAGGGCGGUCACAUUGUACGAUCCACUGGCCGGAAAGACCGACACAGCAAGGUGUGCACAGCGAAAGGACCAAGGGACCGCCGUGUUCGUCUCUCGGCUCACACCGCCAUCCAAUUCUACGACGUCCAAGACCGCCUUGGUUACGACCGCCCAAGCAAAGCCGUCGAUUGGCUUAUUAAAAAAGCCAAGGCUGCCAUUGAUGAACUCGCGGAGCUUCCGGCAUGGAAGCCCACUGCCACUACGGCGACGACAACCCCAAAUUCAACAUCGAUUGCAGAUUUUGAGCAAAACCCAGAUCAACAAAACUCAAAUCAUCAUCAACUAAGUCAUUUCGAACAACACCCAGAUGAUAGUAUUGUUGAUAAUCAAAUGGGUAAUUCACAAAACUCAAGCUUCUUGCCUCCGUCUCUUGAUUCCGACUCUAUAGCUGAUACAAUCAAGUCAUUUUUUCCGAUGGGUGCUUCAACAAAUCCAGGAAAUAAUACUUCUUCAGGUAUGCAAUUUCAUCAAAGUUUUCCACCUCAGGAUUUGCUUUCAAGAACCAGUAGUCGAAGUCAAGAUCUGAGGCUUUCUCUUCAAUCAUUCCAAGAUCCGAUUCUCCAGAACCACCACCAUCACCACCAACAAAACGAACAGGGUAAUAAUAACAAUAGCAAUAUAUUCUUUGACGGGUCGGGUUGGUCCGACAACCAGCCUGGUGGGUUUCAAAGAAUGGUGGCGUGGGGUGGUGUAGGAGGCGGAGACGCUGUUUCCGCCGGAUUUGUCUUCAGUUCGCAGCCGUCGCCGUCGACGCCUUUUCUGCAACCGUUGUUCGGUCAAACAACAAACAAUCAGUUAUUCAACAAUUCUCAGAGGGGACCCCUUCAGUCCAGUAACGCACCUUCGUUUCGUGCUUGGAUCGACCCGCCUCCACCGUUCACCGGUGUCGCCAUCGAUCAACACCCAACCCUAGCUUUCCAUCACCCAUCUUCCAUGUCCGGUUUCGCCUCCGGUUUAGGUGGGUUUUCCGGGUUUCGUAUUCCAGCACGAAUUCAAGGUGAAGAGGAGGAACACGACGGCAUCUCCGAUAAGCCGUCCUCUGCAUCCUCCGAUUCUCGCCAUUGAAUCAUCUUCAUCCUCCAUAAUCCCUCUCAAACAGGAAAAUUUACGUCAAUCAAUGUACUUCAAAGCAAAGAGAGGAGGGGAGAAGCUUCAAUGGCUGCUACACAGUGGGAAAAAGAAACCGAAUCCAUUCACAGGUUCUUCAGUCAUCACUGGUGUUUUUACGAUUUAGCUUUCAUGUUUGAAUAGAGCUCUUUGUUUAGCUCUAAACCCUGUUUUAAAUUAUCUGGAUUUAAUGUUUUUAGACCAUGUAUGUGACUGUGCCAAUUGCCUUCUUUUGCUAUAUAAUUAUCAAAAAUACUCUGCUAAAAACAGAGCAAGUGAUUUGUUUUGGUUAUAA